AUGAGCACAAUUGAGCUGAAAAUCGACAAACAAUUUUUGACCGCGCAAAAAUUUCCCUAUUUUUCGAAACCCCAAAUUAUUGGAGAGUAUUUUGUGAACAAAGAUAGGUGAGUGAGGAACUUCUGCGAAAAUAGUGCCACGUGGCAAAAUUUGGCGCCAAAAUUUGAAAAAUUCAUGAUUUUCUGAUGAAAAAACUGGAAAUUUCAAGGUUUUUAACCUGAAAAUUUGGAUUUUUGAGUUUAAUAUGAGCAAUGCUUGGAUUUUCUGAAGAAAAAACAAAUUUUCAUUCCAGAUCAAUUCAAAUCGGUCGAAUGGCGGCAAAGAAUCUCAACGACACUCCGCUGCGGAAUCCGCGCGGCACUUCCGCGCCCAAUUUCGAUCUCGACGCGGGAUUUUCCGAAUUCGACCCAAAAGACCCGGGUGAACGUCUCGAAAUCCUUCAAAAAUGGUGUGAAAAAAUGGCGCCGGCAGGCGGAAGGUUGCGGAAACUUCUCCACGGUGCGGAAUUUUUCACGUGGCGCGGAUUGCUCACCAAAAUCGGUGCCGCCGUCUACGCGGCAAAUGACACGUGGCGUUUCCGCGCGUUCCGCAUUCAUGGCGUCGUUUUUAUGUGCGAAGAGGAGACGGAAGACAAGACGCGGAAAAUGGAGGCGCAAACGGAUAGGGAAAAACAUAUGACGUAUUGGGGACACAAAUUUGAGCAGUAUAUGACGUUGGAUGAUGGAAUGGUGAGCGAAAACUACGAUGCUCCGCGUUUACGCGGUGAUUUUUGAGUGAUUUUGAUGAAAACUACGAUGCUCCGUGUUUACGCGGUGAUUUUUGAGUGAUUUUGAUGAAAACUACGAUGAUCCGCGUUUACACCCCCAAUUUUCCAGGAUCUUCCCAACACAACUCAACCAGUUUCAACACGCGAAGAAUUCGCCACCGUCAUCCGAACCACCCUGGAAAGUUCUCAACCAAAUCGUCAACCUCUCGAACUCUUCUACUCAGCCGAAAUCGAUUGUUUGGAUCGAGAUGGAAAAUAUGUGGAACUCAAAACCAACAAAGGCGAUUUGCGUGGAUGGUUUUGGACGGCUGGUGCAAAAAGUUUGAAGUGGUGGUUGCAGAGUUUUCUGGUGGCUAUCGAUUAUUUAGUGAUCGGACAUCGAGAUGAUCGGGGAAUUGUGACGAGGGUGAGCGAAUACAACGAUACUCCGCUUUUACACGUGGAUUUUUGUGUGUGUUUUUGGCGGGAAUUUCAAAAUUCGCAGGUCUCCUCAAUCCAAACCGCCCAACUCCAAAAACAAUCACAAUGGUACGGUGGAGCCGCAAUUCGACUGAUCUCUCAAGUUCUCACACAACUCUCCGAUUUUUUGCCCAACGAAAAUCAGGCGUGUGUUGUGGAAUUUGGUGGUGAUGGUGAAAAUACGAUUCGAUUCUCAAGAUGUUCGGAAGAUUUGUGUGAUUUUGUGCCUGAAGAGUUUAGAACAAAGUUUUGGUGA